AUGAACCCGCAGAACACGGUGUUUGAUGCCAAGAGACUGAUUAACGCCGUGAUCACUGUUCCAGCCUAUUUCAAUGACUCACAGCGUCAAGCCACUAAAGAUGCUGGGGUCAUAGCUGGUUUAAAUGUGCUGAGAAUCAUUAAUGAGCCCACAGCUGCUGCCAUUGCUUAUGGCUUGGAUAAAAAGGCCACAGCAGGUGACACCCAUCUUGGUGGAGAAGACUUUGACAACCGAAUGGUGAACCACUUUGUGGAGGAAUUCAAGCGGGCUCGCUUUGAGGAACUCUGUUCAGACCUCUUCAGGAUGGACAAAUCUCAGAUUCAUGACAUUGUUCUGGUCGGAGGAUCUACACGUAUUCCCAAGGACAAAAGCUCAGGAAAGCAGAACAAAAUCACAAUCACCAAUGACAAGGGCAGACUGAGCAAAGAGGAAAUAGAGAAGAUGCUGCAGGAGGCAGAAAGGUACAAGGCGGAUGAUGAUGUCCAGAGGGAGAGGGUUGCUGCUAAGAACUCUCUGGAGUCCUAUGUCUUCAAUCUGAAGAGCACAGUGGAGAAUGACAAUAUCAAGGACAAAAUGAGUGCAUCAGAUAAGAAGGCCAUAGUGGAUAAGUGUAAUGAGGUCCUGUCAUGGCUGGACAAGAACCAUCUGGCUGAGAAAGAGGAGUACAUCCACCAGCAGAAGGAGCUGGGAGAGAGUAUGUAA